AUGGCGUGCCCUGACGACCCCCGCGGAAUGGGGCUUAGAGUUCUAAUAAUGCCUUCAGAGCUCGUCCCCUCGCCGCUUUCCCGUCGCCCACCUCCCGCGGGGUUGGUUCCUCCCCUUCGCCCCCUCACUGCAGUUCCUCUUGGUACAGCCCUCCCCGGAUUGGAGGCGAGGCGCGGCCGGCGCGCGCCCUGCGCAUGCGGACCCCGCCGCGGGGGCUGGGGGCGCGGACCCCGCCCUUCCACGGCUCCACGCGUGACGUCGCGGGGGGCGCGGGCCUCCGCCGGCUCGGAGCGCAGGUUUUCCGUGGAGGCCCAGACCCCUCUGCUCCCCAUGGGCAGCUGUCAGGCAGGGCACAACCUGCAUCUCUGUCUGGCCCACCACCCACCUCUGGUCUGUGCCACUUUGAUCCUGCUACUUCUUGGCCUUUCUGGCCUGGGCCUCGGUGGCUUCCUCCUCACUCACAGGACUGGCCUGCGCAGCCCUGACAUCCCUCAGGACUGGGUCUCCUUCUUGAGGUCUUUUGGCCAGUUGACCCUGUGCCCUACAACCGCGACAGUCACAGGGACGUGGCAUGGGUCCCACGUUGUGGGCUUGCUGACCACCUUGAACUUCGGAGAUGGUCCGGACAGGAACAAGACCCAGACAUUUCAAGCCACGGUCCGGGGUAGUCAGAUGGGAUUGAAAGGAUCUUCUGCAGGAGAGCUGGUCCUCAUCACAGCCAGGGUGACCACAGAAAGGACCUGCCUGUAUUUUAGUGCCGCCCCAGGACUCCUGCCCUCCAGCCAGCCACCCAUCUCCUGCUCAGAGGAAGGAGUAGGAAAUGCCACCCUGAGCCCUAGGAUGGGUGAGGACUGUGUUGGGGUCUGGAGCCAGGAAGGCCUUGUGCUCACCAAACUGCUCACCUCGGAGGAGCUGGCUCUGUGUGGCUCCAGGCUGCUUGUGUUGGGCUCCUUCCUGCUUCUCUUCUGUGGCCUUCUUUGCCUUUUGACUGCUGUGUGUUUCCACCCUCGGCGGGAGUCCUACUGGUCUAGAACCCGGCUCUGA